AUGGAACAAACAAUAUUUCCAUCUGAGACCGUACCGAAUUAUAAAUAUAAAGAAGAAGACGAAGCCGACUCAGAAAAUGAAGAACAAUUUGAAAAACUAGAAUUACCAAACUUUACUCUGAAUGAAGCAACGGACUUCAUAAACAAAUCAUUCGAAAAUAUACAACCAAUUGAAGUAUACCAAGUAAAGAAAACCAUUCAAAGCAUUGAACAACAA